CCCUCCUUCUCCCGCCUUCUUCUCUCCGCCUGUUGUCUGAGACUCAAGUAAAUCCCCUUCUCAGCAUUGAGAAGUGAAGGCAGAAGGGAGCUGGUCCAAUUUUUAAGACACGCAUCAAGACUGCUUUUAUUUUUAAAGAUCAGUAAGGCCCUCUGUCGCCCUCAUGUGGCUCUACGUGGUGGUGCUGCUGGCAUUGCUCUGGGUGCUGGGCUGGCUCUGGAGGGACAGUCUGCUGGUUGGUAAGAUCUCCGAGAAGUUUGUUUUCGUGACAGGCUGUGACUCCGGCUUCGGGAAUCUGCUGUGUAAGAGAUUGGACCGGCAGGGAUUUCGGGUCCUGGCGGGAUGUCUGACACAGAAAGGAGCCGACGAUCUGCAGAGGAGUUCCGGACCCAACCUGAAGACUGUCCUCCUGGACGUCACGGACAGCGCCAGCGUGCAGAGGGCUGUGGAGUGGGUGCAGGGGGAGGUGGGGGAGAGAGGUCUCUGGGGGCUGGUAAACAAUGCCGGCCGUUCUGUUCCCAUGGGCCCCACCGAGUGGAUGCGGAUGGAGGAUUUCCACAGCACUCUGCGGGUCAACAUGCUGGGCGUGAUCGAGACCACUCUGGGCUUCCUGCCUCUGCUGAAGAGGGCCCGCGGGCGCGUGGUCAAUGUGGCUUCAGUGCUGGGCAGGCUGGCAGCCAACGGGGGGGGGUACUGCAUCUCCAAAUUUGGCGUGGAGGCCUUCUCCGACUGCCUCAGGAGAGAUAUCCACUACUUUGGGAUCAAGGUGAGUAUCAUUGAGCCUGGCUUCUUCAGGACGGCUGUGACGAGCCUCGAGCCCAUUGAGAGAGAGCUGCACAGACUGUGGGAGCAGCUGAGCCCGGAGGUGCGGGAGAGCUAUGGAGAGAAAUACUUUGACAAGUAUAUUAAGAUCCAGAGAUUCGUCAUGAAUACCUUCUGUGACCCGGAUCUGUCCAAAGUGACGGACUGCAUGGAGCACGCCCUGAAAGCAAAGUUCCCCCGCACUCGAUACAGCGCUGGGUGGGAUGCCAAGGUGGGCUGGAUCCCCUUCUCCUAUGCACCAGCCUUCAUCAUUGACAGCAUGCUCAACACUGUGCUGCCCAGACCAGCGCAGAGUGCAUAGAGAACCAGCUGGACUGAAACUACACGACAAAUACAACCUUGCUUAAAGAGAAACAUCGCCACUGUGACAGUCAGGGUAUAUGAAAGAGGGGUAUUCAGCUUGACAGCUUUAGAUUUUGUUUUGAUAAAUGUUAAAGUGUUUGUAACUAAUAAAAUAUUUCCAUUAGUUUUCCAUGUUU